AUGGUGUAUCGCGGGAGACCGUCAACAGGGUGCAAGAAGUGUCGCGAGAGAAAGAUCAAGUGCGAUGAACGGCCAGAGGGCUGUAUCAAGUGUGCCGAACGCAACUUCAAAUGCCCGGGAUACGAUCGAACCGUCGGCGCCUUCUUCCACGACGAGACCAAACAUGUGCAGACAAAAGCAAAGAUAUCGAACGCAAAAGCCAUCGCCGCACGUGAUGCUCGAGAUAUCAGAGAUGUACGCGAGGCCUAUCUCCAGAUCAUGGCGAAACAAUGUCCGGGGACGGCCAUAACAGCGUCGCUCAUCGAUCAAGGCAUCAGUUUCUUCAUGUCGUACUAUUGCACAGGAGUGGACCAGCCAUCCAUACAGUCAGUCGAGUACCAGCAGCAUCUUUCUACGCAUGGUUUCCAUCCGCUUGUCUCUACGACCAUGACAGCGCUGGGCAUCGCUGGUGUAGCCAACCUCUACAUGGACCCUCGUCUGAAAGCCGAAGCGACACGCUGGUACCUUGAGGCUAUUAAGAUGGCCAACAAGGCGAUCUCUUCGCCUGAACAUGUCAAGGCCGAUAGCACUCUCACCGCUGUCAAUCUGCUCAGUAUGUUCGAAGCAACGUUCAACGACACCUCUCUGGCUGGAUGGAGUAACCACGUCGAUGGUGCUGCAUCUCUCAUCAGACUAAGAGGCAUGGACCAAUUCUCCACUCCCGCGGGACAACGCAUGUACCUCCACACUAUUGGUCUACUCACCAUGAACUGCAUGGGAAAGGGCAUUCCCCUUCCUCAAUAUGUCCACGAUCUGAACAGCGAAGUCAUCCAGCAUUUGGAUACACACGACCCACGAAACCGGUUCUUCUUCCUUCACAUCAAGACCAUCGACCUGAGAGCGCGGAUCCUGAACCAGUCAGCGUUCUCGUUGCCGGACAUUAUAGAAUCGGCACUUGAACUCGAAGACAUCGCUGUCAACAUUUUCAAGGAUCAAGGAGCGGACUGGGAGUACGACGUGGUGCAUUGCGGGAAGAGUGAACGUAUCUUUGAGAACUUCUACCACGUCUACCCGACUGCGACAGCAGCCCAGACCUGGAACUGGGUGCGCUACAACAGAAUCUACUUCCACGACAUUAUCCGGAACUGCAUCCUGGCAGGGUUCGCAACUAGUCCACCGACGCUUGCUGGCAACAGAUACCACGAGCAGCUAGCGAAAAGCGCUCGCAUGUUGUAUCAGUUGCAGUCUGAUAUCAUAGCAAGCAUGCCCCAAUUCAUGCACGAUGUUCCCGAUUCUGCGCCGAGCAGGGCGACGACCCCACCCGAUGACGAUUACGACGAACCGCGCACGUCGGGACGAGGCGCACCAUGGACGGCAUCCGCUGCCCCAACAAGCCCAUACCGUAUAGCCCUCAAAUCUCUCGAUGGCAACUUCCGAGGCAACACAUACGGGCUCGUCAAAGCUCUUCUGGGGAACGGAUCUGUAAAGGACCGGCUUCCUAUCGUACGCGUCGCGGGAGGAUACAGUACUGUAUGGGCGCUUUACGUGGCCGCCGCCAUGCCUAUGGCCUCACCUGAAAGCCAAGACUUUGUCCAAAAAUACAUGUCGCGCAUCGAGCACGAGUUCGGCAUCAAGCAAGCCCGCGUUUUGGGCCAGGCCCUGCGCCUUAAGCGGUACCUCGACCAGAAAGGCGCUAUUGCGUUUGGUAUCUGUCCGGAGUACCUGCCGCCCGAUGGGACAGAAGCGUAUGUUUCGCAUCAGCAUUUAUACAGCAAGGUUGUUGAGGAGACGGAUGAGUCGCCGUAG